GGCGCCAUGAGCGGCCUGUACUCCGUGGCGUUCUCGCGGACCCAGGGGCACCGCAUCCUGGGCUGCACGUCCGCGGACUCGCACGUGUACAUCUGGAACUACCAGACCGGCGAGCGCCAGCGCAGGCUGGAGGGCCACGCCGGGGAGGUGAACGGCAUCGACUUCCACCCGGGCCAGGAUCUGUGCGCCACGGCCUCGGACGACGGCUCCUGCAGGGUCUGGGACGUGGAGGAGCACCUCUGCCUGCGGACGCUGGCGCACGGCCCGAAGACCGUGUACGGGUGCAGGUUCAUGGGGCUGGAGCGGCAGUACCUCGUCUCCACGUGCUGCUUCGACUACAGGGUUCGCACCUUCGACAUGCGCAGUCAGCAGGUGGUCAGCAGUCUCGAGGUGCAUGCGGAUGAUAUCACGGGCGUGGACUUCUCCUCGAGGAUGAACUUGCUAGCCACUGGCUCCGAUGACGGCACCAUAUGCCUCGUGGACGCCAGGACGUACAAUUUGGUGAACCGCAUCGACACCAGGACAUUCGAAGCUGACAACGAGGUGAAGCGCGUAGCCUUCAGCCCGGACGGGUCUUGGCUGGCCGCAGCUUGCUCAUCCGGGACGGUGCUCGUGUACGACGUGGGCGAGUCCCCCGCCAAACCCUUGGCCGAGCUGAGCGGGCACGUGGACCUCGAAGAACAAAACAAUUGCAUGAGCAUUUACUCGGCGGCGCGCGGCUCGCGAAGGGGGAGAGCGAGAAGGAGGAGGCCUUCUCGAAAGGCGGCGGGGCUUCUCAGAAGCCCUCUGGCCUUCUGA